GCAUUCAAAUACGAAUCAACGAUACAAAUUUCCAAUUCAAAAUGUCUGGUCGUGGUAAAGGUAAAGCAAAGGGCACCAAGUCCAAAACUCGUUCAUCCCGUGCAGGGCUUCAGUUCCCCGUCGGUCGUAUCCAUCGACUUCUCCGCAAGGGAAACUACGCUCAACGUGUUGGUGCUGGUGCUCCAGUCUACAUGGCUGCUGUCCUUGAGUACCUGAGCGCUGAAAUCCUCGAGUUGGCAGGCAACGCUGCUCGUGACAACAAGAAGAGCAGAAUAAUCCCCCGUCACUUGCAGUUGGCCGUCAGAAACGACGAGGAGUUGAACAAGCUUCUUGGUGGAGUCACCAUUGCUCAAGGUGGUGUUCUUCCCAACAUCCAAGCUGUUCUUCUUCCCAAGAAGACCGAGAAGAAAAGCUCUUAAACAGUUCAACUGUUCAACACAAAAACGGCUCUUUUAGGAGCCACCACAUGAAUCGAAAGAUCAUGAUCCUAUGCUUAAAACUUCCCAACUUCAUGACUAGCAAUAAGCCCAAGUCAAAUCGAAACUACGCUAUAAAGUAAACAUCUUCUUUGAAACAGUCUUAGACGGUAUCUUUUGUUGCCAACUUAUGAUUUUUCGAGCGAUGAAGUUGUGUCUGAAUACGGUAGACUGCUUCAUAGAAAAUCAUAUCUUUUGGACCAUUUCUAUUACCCACUGAUAAGAAAUACCCCUUCUUUGAUAAGAUAUAAACCGAUAGCGGAUGUCACUAACAAAAAAUUUCCAUGCCAAAAAAAUUAACAUUUUUUAUC